CGUGUUUACUCGCAUUGCUGGCCGCCUGUACUUCAAGAGUUUCGUGAAUCUUCCCGGACGAGUACCUAUAUAUCGGUGUGCGAUAUCUUCAGCCUUUUUGAUCUCUAGUCAUUUGCGGGUUUACUGCCUCCUCGUCCAUUCCACGAUAUAUAGUGCCCCGUGCACGCGAUCUCCGCAAGCCCCCGAAUCCCCGAGCGACGAACGCAGCGCAUCGUUGGGAGCUAUAAUCCACCUUGAAUACCUUUAGCUUCAGUCCUCGACGUAUUAUUUGCAACUUUUAUAUCAGUGCGCGCGCUUUUUCAUUAAAUCAGAAAACAGCCAAUAUGCCUACAAUGUGGCUAUCCGAUAAUCAGAAGAUCGGAGUGAUCUUCUGCUCAGCUGGAGGCUUGUUCCUCUUCGGCGGAGUCCUAAUGUUCUUCGAUCGCUCACUACUGGCAAUGGGCAACAUCCUCUUCCUCAUCGGCCUAACCCUAAUCAUCGGCCUCGAAAAGACCUUCGCCUUCUUCUCACGCCGGCAAAAACUCAAAGGCACCGCCGCCUUCGCCGCCGGAAUCCUCCUCAUCCUCCUCCGCUGGCCGCUCACCGGGUUCAUAAUCGAGCUGUACGGUCUCUUCAUCCUCUUCGGCGACUUCCUGAUCACCAUUGGCCAGUUCGCGGGGAAUAUCCCCGUCGUGGGACCGUUUAUUCAAAAGGUGUUGGAGACGUUGGCGGGUGGAAGGAGGAAUGCCGAGUUGCCUGUAUAGAGAGAACACUCGUUCGCUCUUGAUGGUGUUGUGUUGGGCAUGGGUGUGAGUGAGGAAUGAUUUUUUUGAUAACAAUGACGAUGAUGAUGGAGGGAUCUUGACAUGUUCAUGUGUAUGAAUAGUUAUGUGGCAUUAGGGUUUACUUCUUGUUUUUUUUUUCUUGUUACGAAUAUUUGCAUGAUGGGAUGGGAUGGGUAUGGGAUGGUGUGGUGGGUUGUGGUAUGGACUACUAUUCGUUUGUUGGUCUGGGUCCCAUAGUACCUACUACUGCUACUGUCUGGAUGAGCGGGGUGGUUGUGGUGGUGGUGUUGUUGUUCGCUUUUACAAUAGGGUUAUUAUUAUGUACUAGAGACAUUUUUAAUUGUUAAUAUAUCUUUUCCGAUGAGGGGAGUUAUCAUGAUCCUGGAGAGACAGUCUUUCUUGCGAUGUUCGGUAGUAUGAGUUGUGAGUUG